GACAAAGGAAGGCGUUGCGAUAAGGGGCGAUGGAUAUGGCUGGUGAAACCAGAGGCAGUCAUCCGUCACCCCUUUCUGACGGCUGAGAUGUAAUCCGUACUCCGAUCCGACGUCUCUCGAUGCGUGGGUCCCUUUCCCCUCGCUCCAUUCUCUCCGACACCCCAUCCAAGUGGCUCAAAAGGCCCCGUACCUUUCUUAUUCCUCUCGCCCACUCCAUCCCGUAGCCAAUCGAGAGAGUGAGAGACAUGGCCGCUUCAUCCUCCGUGAACGCCGCCCAAGCCAUCGUUGGCCUCGCCGUCUCUAGCCAUGGUUCCCACUCCGCCGACCGCGUCGCCGUCCCCGCCGGCGGAUUCGCCCUCAGCUCCCUCGCCGGCCGCUCCCUCACCUGCUCCCACUCCCCCCGUUUCCAGCAGCAGCGCCGGUGCCCGCGGCAGGCGUCACGCGCCGCGCGUCGCGCGGCGCCCGCCAGGGCCGCCGCGGUGGAGACCCUCGAGGCCGCCGCCACGGAGGCCCUCGUCGAGAAGUCCAUCAACACCAUCAGGUUCCUCGCCAUCGACGCCGUCGAGAAGGCCAACUCCGGCCACCCGGGCCUCCCCAUGGGGUGCGCGCCCAUGGGCCACAUCCUGUACGACGAGGUCAUGAGGUACAACCCCAAGAACCCCUACUGGUUCAACCGCGACCGCUUCGUCCUCUCCGCCGGCCAUGGCUGCAUGCUCCAGUACGCCUUGCUCCACCUUGCUGGCUACGACAGCGUCCAGAUGGAGGACAUCAAGCAAUUCCGGCAAUGGGGGAGCAGAACUCCCGGCCAUCCUGAGAAUUUCGAGACGCCCGGAGUUGAAGUCACCACCGGGCCACUUGGUCAAGGCGUAGCCAAUGCCGUAGGAUUGGCACUUGCUGAGAGACACCUUGCGGCCCGUUUCAAUAAGCCUGACAACGAGAUCGUCGACCAUUACACAUAUGUUAUACUCGGAGACGGUUGCCAAAUGGAGGGCAUCGCAAACGAAGCUUGUUCGAUCGCCGGACACUGGGGUCUCGGCAAACUCAUCGCCUUCUACGAUGACAACCACAUCUCCAUCGAUGGAGACACAGAGAUCGCGUUUACAGAAGAUGUGUCUGCUCGUUUCGACGCUCUCGGGUGGCAUACUAUCUGGGUGAAGAACGGUAACACAGGGUAUGAUGACAUUCGUGCCGCGAUCAUGGAAGCAAAGGCUGUCAAAGAUAAACCAACACUCAUCAAGGUCACCACUACCAUCGGAUAUGGAUCGCCCAACAAGGCGAACUCGUACAGUGUGCAUGGAAGUGCAUUGGGUGCCAAGGAAGUCGAUGCAACUCGACAGAAUCUUGGAUGGCCGUACGAGCCUUUCCAUGUGCCCGAGGAUAUCAAGAGUCACUGGAGCCGCCAUGUCGCUGAAGGUGCGUCCCUUGAAGCUGAGUGGAACGCCAAGUUUGCAGAGUACGAGAAGAAGUACAAGGAGGAUGCUGCAGAGCUGAAAGCCAUCGUAUCGGGAGAAUUGCCUGCCGGAUGGGAGAAAGCUCUUCCGACAUACACUCCUGAGAGUCCUGCCGAUGCUACCAGAAACUUGUCGCAACAGAACUUGAAUGCGCUUGCGAAAGUUCUACCUGGACUUCUCGGGGGUAGUGCAGAUCUCGCAUCCUCCAACAUGACAUUGCUCAAGAUGUUUGGGGACUUCCAGAAGGGCACGCCCGAGGAGCGUAAUGUUCGUUUUGGUGUUCGGGAGCACGGGAUGGGCGCCAUCUGCAACGGCAUCGCCCUCCACAGCCCCGGCCUUCUCCCCUACUGUGCGACCUUCUUUGUUUUCACGGACUACAUGAGAGCUGCCAUCAGGAUCUCAGCUUUGUGCGAGGCAGGAGUCAUCUAUGUGAUGACGCAUGAUUCCAUCGGUCUCGGGGAGGACGGUCCGACUCACCAGCCGAUCGAACACUUGAUAAGCUUCCGAGCCAUGCCGAACAUUCUAAUGCUCAGGCCUGCCGAUGGAAAUGAGACCGCCGGAGCAUACAAGGUCGCGGUGCUCAACAGGAAGAGGCCAUCGGUGCUCGCUCUCUCGCGGCAGAAGCUUCCUCAGCUUGCGGGAACAUCAAUCGAGGGAGUAGAGAAGGGAGGGUACAUCGUUUCAGAUAACUCCUCAGGUAACAAACCAGACCUGAUCUUGAUGGGCACCGGUUCGGAACUGGAAAUUGCAGCGAAGGCUGCCGACGAGCUGAGGAAGACGGGGAAAACGGUCCGAGUGGUAUCGCUCGUCUGCUGGGAGUUGUUCGAGGAGCAAUCAGAUGAAUACAAGGAGAGUGUGCUCCCCGCUGCGGUGACUGCUAAGAUCAGUAUCGAGGCAGGUGCCACGCUUGGAUGGGAGAAGUACGUCGGCGGCAAAGGGAAGGCCAUCGGGAUAGAUCGGUUUGGAGCGAGCGCUCCUGCGGGGAGAAUAUACAAGGAGUUCGGCAUAACGGCAGACAGUAUCAUUACCGCAGCCAAAUCGCUCUAAGGUUUGUGAUAAGCUUUUGUUCCAGCUUGCUCUUUCUCUUUCUUUCAUGAUUUGAGGAUGCUACAAAGAACGGAUUCAAAUCUGGGAUUUGGACUGUAAUAAAGUUUUCGUAUGUCCUUCAUCA